AUGCUGGGGAAAAAGUCCAUCAAGGUCAAUGGCGCCGACUGCGGCGUCGAGGCCUUCAUCCUCGGGGCCACCACCUCGGUCGGCGGCUUCCUCUUUGGCUACGACACGGGCCAGAUCUCGGCCAUGCUCCUCUUCAAAGACUUCAUGAAUCGCUUUGCGCAGACCAACGCCCAAGGCGCCAAGGAGUGGCAGCCCAUCAUCAAGUCCCUGCUCGUGUCCCUCAUGAGCAUCGGCUGCCUGAUAGGUGCUCUCUCCGGAGCCUACACGGCCGACUGGUGGGGCCGGAGAAAGAGCAUGUCGUUUGGUGUGGUCGUCUUCAUCGUUGGUAACAUCAUCCAAAUCACGGCCAUGGAUAGCUGGGUUCAUAUGAUGAUGGGCCGCUUCGUCGCCGGCCUGGGCGUCGGCAACCUGUCGGUCGGCGUGCCCAUGUUCCAGUCCGAGUCGUCGCCCAAGGAAAUCCGCGGCGCCGUCGUGGCCUCGUACCAGCUCAUGAUCACCAUUGGCAUCCUCGUCUCCAACGUCAUCAACUACGGCACCCGCACCAUGGAGGAGUCGAGCGCGUCGUGGCGCAUCGUCAUCGGCCUCGGCAUCUUCUUCUCCCUGCCCCUCGGCAUCGGCAUCCUCGUCGUCCCCGAGUCCCCCCGCUGGCUCGCCGGCCGCGGCGACUGGGACGCGGCCCGCAUGGCCAUCGCCCGCCUUCGCGGCCUCAAGCACGACCCGGGCCACGCCACUGUCGAGGACGACAUCCAUGAGAUGCGCCAGAUUCUCGAAAAGGAGCGCCAGGUCGGCAGCGGCUCCUGGGCCGAGUGCUUCACACCGAGCCCCGAUACACCAAAGGUCGUCUAUCGCACCCUGCUCGGCAUUGGCAUCCACUUCCUCCAGCAGUGGACGGGCAUCAACUACUUCUUCUACUACGGCGCCACCAUUUUCCAGUCGGCCGGUAUAAGCGACCCGAUCCUGACGCAGCUCAUCCUCGGCGCCGUAAACGUCGUCAUGACCUUUUACGGCCUCUACGUUGUCGAAAAGUUCGGCCGCCGCUGGCCGCUCUUCCUCGGCGCCCUGUGGCAAGCCCUGUGGCUGCUCGUCUUUGCCGCCAUCGGCACCGGCAGGCCCCCCUCGACCAGCAGUAGCACAACGGGCAUCGUCAUGAUUGUCUCGGCCUGCAUGUACAUUGCCUCGUUUGCCGGCACCUGGGGUCCCAUGGCCUGGGUCGUCAUUGGCGAAACGUUUCCCCUGCGUACCCGUGCCAAGCAGGCGUCGCUGGCCACGGCCGGCAACUGGCUGGGAAACUUCCUCAUCGGCUUCCUCACGCCCCUGGCCUCGACGGGCAUCUCGUACAGCUACGGCUUCGUCUUUGUCGGCACCAACAUCGCCGCCGCCCUUCUUGUCUGGUUCUUCCUCUACGAGUCCCGCGCCCUCAGCCUCGAAAACGUCGACCUGAUGUACAGCCAGCCCGGCCUCAAGCCGUGGAAUAGCUCCAAGUGGGUGCCGCCGGGCUACAUCACGCGUAAGCUGCGAGACGACGCCCACAGCCCCGUCGAAACUAGCUCCACGGGCAAGGAAAAUAUUGGCAGCGACGGCAGCGACGGCAUCGGUGAGGAGAGGAGGGAGCAUGCUUAA